AUGGCACACAGCAUGUUUACCUCUCUUCUGUCCGUUAUGAUUUUGGAGUGCGCUUUGCAAUACACAGAGGCCUGGAAAUGGAAUCGAAAAGUUCCGGCACUCUUUCAGCCCAUCGAAUUCUGCAACCUUCCUCCGUCAGUGGGCAUGUGUCGAGCCAUGAUACCGCGCUUUGCAUUUAAUCCGCAGACAGGUGAAUGUGAACUGUUCUACUACGGAGGGUGCGGUGGUAACGGAAAUAAUUUUGAAUCACGGGAAGAUUGUAUGGCGACUUGUGGUCGUUAGAAACGAAAGAAUGUAUGAGGAGUGAGGAGUCAGGAGCGAUCUUAUUACUAAUGUUUGUUGUGCUACUGUAACUUGUGUCCGUUUCAAUCAUAAAUUGUUUUCAGUGUUGUAUCCG